AUGUCCCCCGUAAGUGAAAGUAUGCGUCGGUCAAUCCGCGAGAGGACUCCACAAGACCAGACUCUAGACCUUCCACCUCCUCCAGAGUCCCACCUGGCCAGGACUGGAGAUACGGCAGUAGACCGUAUCAACUUCUUGGCCUGGCGGGCACGACAGAAUGAGAGAGAAUGGGAACAACUGCAGGGAGCAGAAGCUCAUAUUCCCAGCAGCGAUUAA